CCUUUCCCACCCCUCGGAGUGGAGCUGCACAUGCGGCUGCUCCCUAUUCCGUCCCGCCCAGCCACCGUCGUGCAGGCACGGUGUCCCUGCAGCCCCCAGCCGAUGGCAGGACAGUAGCCGCCUGUCAGGGGUCGUGAACGUCCGAGGCAGACGCCGAGGCUCCGGGCCUCAGAGAGUGGCUGUCUCCGGAGGCCAUGGGCUACCCUGAGGUAGAGCGCAGGGAAUCCCUGCCUGCCGCAGCGCCACGGGAGAGGGGAAGCCAGGGCUGCGGCUGUCGUGGGGCCCCUGCCCGGGCGGGUGAAGGGAACAGCUGCCGGCUCUUCCUGGGUUUCUUUGGCCUCUCGCUGGCCCUCCACCUGCUGACGCUGUGCUGCUACCUAGAGUUGCGGUCUGAGUUGCGGCGGGAACGGGGAGCCGAGUCCCGCCUGGGCGGCCUGGGCGCCCCUGGCACCUCUGGCACCCUGAGCAGUCCCAGUAGCCUCGACCCAGUCGGUCCCAUCACCCGCCACCUCGGGCAGCCGUCCGUUCAGCAGCCUUUGGAACUUGGAGAGAGCACACUACCCCCGGACUCCCAGGACCGCCACCAGAUGGCCAUGCUGAAUUUCUUCUUCCCUGAUGAAAAGUCAUAUUCUGAGGAGGAAAGUAGGCGUGUUCGCCGCAAUAAAAGAAGCAAAAGCAGUGAAGGAACAGAUGGUCCUGUUAAAAGCAAGAAAAAAGGAAAGAAAGCAGGGCCACCUGGGCCCAAUGGUCCCCCAGGACCUCCAGGACCUCCAGGACCCCAGGGACCCCCAGGGAUUCCAGGGAUUCCUGGGAUUCCAGGAACAACUGUUAUGGGACCACCUGGUCCUCCUGGCCCUCCUGGUCCUCAAGGACCCCCUGGCCUCCAGGGACCCUCUGGUGCUGCUGACAAAGCUGGAACUCGAGAAAACCAGCCAGCUGUGGUGCAUCUACAGGGCCAAGGGUCAGCAAUUCAAGUCAAGAAUGAUCUUUCAGGUGGAGUGCUCAAUGACUGGUCUCGCAUCACUAUGAACCCCAAAGUGUUUAAACUACAUCCCCGCAGUGGGGAGCUGGAGGUACUGGUGGACGGCACCUACUUCAUCUAUAGUCAGGUAGAAACCUUUUUCCCUCUGCUUUUGUCCUUUUCCUACCCUGGGCCCCUCUCUCCCCACCCAGGUCUGCUAGUACCCAUCCAUUUCCACCCCUCAUUGUUUGCCUCUACUGGGGCUCUCCUCAGAGCUAGAAAUAGGUAUACUACAUCAACUUCACUGACUUUGCCAGCUACGAGGUGGUGGUGGAUGAGAAGCCCUUCCUGCAGUGUACCCGCAGCAUUGAGACAGGCAAGACCAACUACAACACUUGCUAUACAGCGGGUGUCUGUCUCCUCAAGGCGCGGCAGAAGAUCGCUGUGAAGAUGGUGCAUGCUGACAUCUCUAUCAAUAUGAGCAAGCAUACCACCUUCUUUGGGGCCAUCAGGCUAGGUGAAGCCCCUGCAUCCUAGACUCCCCCAUUUUGCCCCUUCCCAUGCCCCAACCCCAGGUUUGGGAGCCAGGAGUCCCAGAACCUCUAAGUGCUGCUUUGGAGUGAAAUAUAUUGGCAUUGCAGCCACAGAGAGAAAUGCCCCAGUGCUAUUUAUUCCCCAGUGACUCCAGGAUGACAAGGCCUGCUUGACUUCCCAGAAUGACCUUGAGUUUAUGGAGUGCCAGGGUUUGAAGAAAGCAGAACCUUCCUAGGCUCCAUGUUGACUCCUCAAUCCCUAGGUCCCUCCUGUCAGAAUUUUUAUUUGUUGCACUAAAAUGAGAAUCCAGGGCAGCAGGUCAGAGAAAGCAGAGGUGGAUUCCAGAUGCUAUGUGUGACCACCUGACCCCAAAGGGCUGCUACUCCUCUCUUGGCUGGGGGUAGUGUGUUAGGGUGCAGCCUGAGAGGACCAAGGGUGAGAAGAAGCAGGUGCUUGUGGCAGAGACCUGGGGAGAGACCUGCCUAGCAGUCUUUGGCAGAGGAGCUAUUCUUGCUACUUUGCACUGUGACCUGCAAGAGAGUCAAUGAGCUCUUCCCACUUAGGCUAAGACCAUACUGUGGCAGCUUGCUGGGACUCCAGAGCUGGGAACUUUACCCUAACUUGGAAUCACUGCAGGACUGGCCACAACCCUGCCUGUGUAAGAACCUAAGUCCAUACUUGGGGCCAUGCAUAUCUCACUUUGUUUACAGCUAUGCUCCAUGCUCAGAGAAAUUCCUGGGGUCCCCUCCUAAUUGCCAUGCUCCCCAGCCUGACUAGAACUCCUGCCUUCUUUCUCCACAGUGCCUACCUCUGUCUGAGACAGGUGCCUCCUCUGGGACCUGUUCUCAUGUGAGUCUGGUAUAUUCUUUAGCUUAACCUGGGCACAAAGAGAGUUUUUCAUUGAUUAAGCAAUUUAAGUAUCUAGUAAAAAUUAUGUCUGGGAGCAAGGCGUUAAACUGAAUAACCUUCAAAAGUCCCUUUGAGUUUGAAUAUUUGUGGCUCUCAACAGUUAGCUGCCACAAUAACCUUCCGAAUUUCCAAACCCUACACUUCCUUGGGCUUCAGCCACACUUUUCUACCUGGCCCAGAAAGGACAAUAGGUGAGCAUAGGACAGGGAGUUCUGUCCGAGUUUGCUGUAACCAAAGUGAUCAUUAGGUCAGACCUUAUCUGAAAGGAUAGUAGGUGAUGGCCUCCUGGCCCAGUCUUCAGAAACAGAGUGUGGUUAUCCCAGAGGCCUAUGCUGCUCCCCUAAAGCUGGGCACAGGGAAACCCAGCAUCUUGACAUUGAGCAAUGAUCUGGCCCCUACUUCAGAUCCAAAAGCACCUGCCUCAAGCUUCCUGGCAGGUCAUAUGCUAAUAUCACUCACAAGCCUUCUUUCUAAUUGCCUGAACUCAGCCUGGCUUCAGGGUGCUAGAUCCAGCCCAAAGCUAAAAGGAUCAGCCUGUACACUCAGCUUCUCUUGCUCCUGAAACAUGUUUCCUUCUGAGGAGAGGGAAGAAAUUUCCUCAGGCAACUUAAAUCCACCAAAACCCACAGGGUCUUACUUCUCAGCUGUGCCUUCCAUUUCUAAGUAGCCACUUGAUCCUACUAGGGGCAGGACAAGAAGUAGUGAGCCAGGCCUCCAUAGUCUAAUGGUAAUAACAGCUUUUCAAUGCAAAGGAAGGCAAACUUGAGGCAUGCAUCUAGCCCCAAGGGCUUUGAAUAAUCUGCAGUAGUACCAGGAACUGACAGAAGCUCUCCUUACUGUUAGAAAAUGACUUCCUUUUUAUUUCCUUUGAAGAAGGCAGAGUAGAGACAUCUUGAACAUUAUUGUUUGGGUGAGGAUCAGAGAAGUGAAGUGCUUUAACUAAUAUCUCACCCAGUUUAAGUUACACAACCAGGGCUUCAGCAAAGUCCAACUCCCAAACUAUUCCCUUACCACAGCACUGUAUGAAAUUUGGAAUCUAGAGAGAAACAAUAAAAGUGAUCAUGUGGAACCAUCAUUUUUGAGGAUGUUCUCAUGGCUGCCAGGGGCUCUGUGGCAAAAGUCAGAUGUUUCCUUGGGAAACAGCCAUCAGCUUUAGAGUUCUUAUGUUCAGAAAAAUCUUUUCAACACCAUAACCAAGUAACAGGUCUUUCAUACCCACAGAAUUGAUAGCCCUCAUGAUCUUUUACCAUCCAGUGAAACCAGCAGCCAUCAUGGAUGGAAUGCCCACUGAGGGCAAGAUCCUCCUUUCAUUACCCUCCACACAGGUUCCCAGAGCCGGUCUGCUUCCCACAUCUACUUAACGUGUCUCCUCUCUUUCUGCCAUAUCACAGAGACCUUGUUGCUAUGGAGGUCUCAAGGACAGAGGCAAAACCUGAGAGGACCAGGUCUGGGGCCAGAUGGCUGUGAGGAGAGUAGGAGAGUAGCCUUCUUAAUUGUGCCCUGACGGGCAUGCUGAUUCCCAUUGCACCCUCCAUACAUGGAAGGGAUCAUAGAGGAAUUAGCUUCCCACUGAUCUUUUCAUUUAUUCUGAACCUUCACAAGGAGCCCUGGAGGGGGAGUGUUGGGGAAGGAAGCAAUAGAUAGCAGCAAACCCUGUUGUGGUGCAGUCAUUGGUGAGUGGUGAGGUAUUUUACUGAUAAAGAGAUAGAUUUACAGUUUAGAAUUAUUAUGAUGUGAGGUUAUCAGAGGGUCAUAGCUAGUGUUGAAAAUAGGACAAGGAUGUUUGUGGAUAAGCAGAAGACAGACUUGAAGAAGUGUUGUGUGGUAGGAGCCUCUACUAGCUGCUUGGGUUGCAACAGCCAGUCUGGCACAAAAGGCAGCUGCUGGAGGUUGCAUGGCUACUGGUUCCCUGGAAGAUUUAGUAUUUGCCUUAGUUGCCCCUUCAUCCACCCUGAGCCAUAUCUCUUUUGCUUAGCAGGAAGCGCUAGGAACCCUAGAGGUAAACAAAGAUUUUAAUCCAAGUGUGAGUUUUUGCAUUUUAUGUAGCAUCAAGUGGAUGCAAGCAGAUUCAGAGAAAUUUUUGAGCUAAAAAGGCUCUUAGAGGGAAUACAGUACAACCUACAUUCUAUCCUGUUACUCAUGUGAAAUUGAUGACCAGAGAGAGAAAGGUAGCCUUGCCCAAGACAAUGAGCAAGCUCUCACCCCCAGAUUCAGCAGAGGGAAGGGACAGGACCGCUUGCCCCACUGGGCCACCUCUUUCAUCCAACCAUAGACUCAAGGCUGGAAAUGCUCAUUCCCACUUCAGGAGCUUGGCCAGUCAAGGACAAUAGUUAUAGCCUUUGUGAAAACUCAGCUCCCAACCCUAAUGCACUAGACUGGCCUUCCUAGUGUUAUUCCAGUUCCCAUUCUCACCUAGGCCAUGAGCACUACAAAGAAAUCUGAUUUGUUCUCUUAAUCCAUUUCAAGGCUCUCUCUAGAAGGGGGUGAGGUGUAUUGUUUCUUAAUUCGAAGAGCUUCCAGCUGGGAUGGGGGAAUCUUUUGUGAGAAUGGCCUGGAGUAGGCCCAAUGCUGCUUUGGGGGGUCAGCAUCCAGUGUGAGAUAUCGUGUAUAUAAACUAUACAUAAUGUAUAUAAACAGGGAUGUAAGUUUGUGUAAAUUAAUGGUUUAUUCUUUGCAAAUA